CAUACUCUUUCAGUCCAGCAGCGCCCUCCCCUUCUCUCUGCGCUCUCUGCCUGUCUCCUGCAGCUAACAGAGCGCCAGUUUGCAUUUGGAAACUUUGCCAUGCUCCGGAGUCUUCCAGCCUGGUACUAAGGCAGUGUUGAUACAACUGUGGGGGUCUCGCUCUCUGGACCAGGAGCAAGAAACUGGGAUUUAUUUAUUUUUCUGUCCUCCUGCCGGCUCUCUCUGGAAGGUCAGCUAGAAGCCUCAGCUUUCUGCAUGUGAUUGGCAGUGUUGGAUAGUCACAUCUGGGAUGCUUCAGCCUCUGAAUGGCACAUUCUACACAGAGCAGAGUCUUCAUAUCAAUGGCAACCAUUCCUCUCCUUCCCAUGAAGGACAGCCCAGACUCACCUCUCUGUCAACUCACUCCAGAGCUGGAGAAACUGGGGCAACUCUGGACCUCAACCUGGAUGACUUUAUCCCUUCACACCUCCAGAAAAGGCCAUCUAUUAACAACAGCAUGAGCCCAAUAUCCCCUAGGGCAACAUCUACUCCACAGACUGCAUGGGCUCCCUUACGUCGCAGAGUCCCUGUGAUUCGUAACUGUGGCUCUAACACCCUGAAUUUUGAGUUCCAUGACACAAGUCCUCGCACUGUGAACAAUGGGAUGUCACAACCGUGGAAAACAGCCCAAUGGAAGUCUGCAAGCAACUGGUACCAAACCUGGCCUGCUAAAGAAAUUAAACCACUGAAAUCUCAAGCAGCAGCACCUGUUCCCUGGCCAGCAGAUCCAGCCACAAGGCCAGUUGUAAAUGGUGCCAUACAACCCAACUGGUCAGCCACUUGGAUGAAGGACAGGAGAAAGGAAAAAUGCUGGGUGAAGUAUGAUGGGAUUGGACCAGUGGAUGAGUCUGGGAUGCCCAUUGCCUCACGAUCGAGUGUGGACAGCCCCCGAGACUGGUACCGCAGCAUGUUCCAGCAGAUCCAUAGCAAACUCCCUGAACCAGAACAGGACUGGGACAUCUGCUACAGCUCUAGAGAUGCCAGGUCUCCAAAGUCCAUGCAGAAAAGCCGACCACUGGAUUUGGCAUCAAACAGCCCCUCCAGCCUUCAGAAUGGUUUAAACUGGCGAAACUGGGAAGUGGUUGAUGCUACAGCCAAGGAACCCAGGAGUAUUUUUGAUUAUGAACCCGGGAAAUCGUCCAUCCUUGAACACCCUGAUUCACCCAAGAAACCCCCCACAGCAUUGCCAGCACAACAUCGCACGUCAUCCCCACCGAUUGAGGAGUUAUUGGAGAAGGAGCUACAGCAGCUCAGUGAAGAGCUGGACAAGGACAUUAGAGCCAUUGAGAUUCGCCAGCUUGCCCGUAAGCGCUACUCGGCCGCUUCCUCCUCCUCCGCCGGCGUCGCUUCCCCGACCUUUGCUGCCCGCCGCGGCCCACUGCCUGACCAAAGUACCCAUCCUUCCACGGGACAAAACGUUCCUGCAGCCCAGUGCCACGUGUCUGCCAACCCGAGAAUGGAGAAGGGGAGUCCCGGCAUUGCCAGGAAUAACUGGAAGAGCUCUCCUCCAAGAAAUGAUCCUUUGAGGCAUGUGGGGAGAAUCCCCUUUCCUGAGGCUUUGGACGCAGUCCUGGAUAGUCCCACAAAGAAAGAAGAGAACAAGAUGAAAGCUGCUCGCCUCAAAUUUGACUUCCAGGCAGAGUCUCCAAAGGAACUAACUCUGCAGAAGGGUGACAUUGUCUAUAUCCAUAAGGAAGUCGAUAGAAACUGGCUGGAAGGAGAACACCAUGGCAGGGUGGGCAUUUUCCCUGCCAACUAUGUGGAGGUGCUUCCUCCAACAGAAAUCCCCAAGCCCAUCAAAUCCCCCACCAUCCAAGUCCUGGAGUAUGGAGAGGCUGUGGCUCAGUACAACUUCAAAGGAGACCUGCAGGUGGAGCUGUCAUUUCGCAAGGGGGAGCGCAUUUGCCUGGUUCGCAGAGUGGACCAGAAUUGGUACGAAGGCCGCAUCUCUGGCACCAGCCGGCAAGGCAUUUUCCCAGCUAACUAUGUGCAGGUCUUGAAGGAGCCACGAGUGAAGAAUGCAGAGGAGUUUCCUCCCUCCCCAAGUCUCCGGACAGCCCAUUCCGGCUCACCAUCCCAGCUGCAUUCACCCAGCCCGGGCAGCAGAUGGCAGUCUGACACUUUGCCUUCAACCCUGCGAAGCUCCCUGGCCACAGAUGUGCUCUCAUCCUCCUCUAGCCAUUCUGGAUUCACUUUCCCCGUGUCCCCCAAACUAAAACACUCUGAGGCUGUGCCCCACAGACCCCAGAGUGCUCCUCGACCUGCCUUAUUCUCUCCCCCGAACCAGAGUCCAGUAACAGCAUCUAGCACCCCACAGACGGUCUUGACCUUCCAGAAGCAGGAGAUGCCACGGCCUGCUGUCCCUACCUCAGCUUUACCACCAAGAGUGCUCUUUCCCUUGCAGAGCUCAGCCCUUGAAGCAGCUGCUCCUCGAGCUUCCCAACCAAGCACCACUAAGCGCCCCUCUGAAGCUGCCCCAGCCGACAUACAGUGGACUCCAUACAAGGCUCUGUACCAAUACAGACCUCAAAAUGAAGAUGAGCUGGAGCUUCUGGAAGGAGACCGGAUAGACGUCAUGCAACAGUGUGACGACGGCUGGUUUGUGGGUGUAUCCAGAAGAACACAAAAAUUUGGCACUUUCCCUGGGAAUUACGUUGCUCCUGUGUGACUCUCCCUCAGUCCAUCCUGCAUCCCAUGUGUGCCAAGAAGAAACUGAACCUCCUGCUCUUGGGUCCAGUUUCCUUGGAGAGGCAGCCCACAAUUUGGAAGCACAGCAGGGGGAGGAAACGAUGUGUGAGAACCAGCCUGGAUCCCAAUAUCUGCUCAUCAAGGCCUCGCAGUUUGUUACUUGACCUGGGGCUUUUACCACACUGUUCCUUUACUCUGUUGUCUUCCAGUUUUGCGCCUAUGGUACUUUGAAUGUGGGGUAGUUGCAGCUUUAUUCCUUUCCCUCCAGAAUUCAGGAAACAUUCUUUCCUGUCUUGGCAUUGAAAAACAAAGAGGCUGGGCCUGAGCAGGCACUGCAGAGAUCUCCUGAACCUUUGUUGCUCCUCCAGCUUUCCUCUGUGAACACAGCUGGAUUCUCAUAGGCUCUCCUGGCAGUAGCUGAAGGGUGAAAACAGACUAUGCUGUUGUGAUUGCCCCACAUCAAGUCUCCCACCUAAGCAAGAUCCAGGCUCCUGGAAUGUACCAAACGCUGCACAUAUGUUGUUUGGAGACUCCACAGGCAACCAACAUUCUGGCUGCAAUCGAUCAACUGACUGGCCUCUCCUGAACCACUUUCUUCUGCCUCCUGGGCAGUUUUGGAGUCAGAUAAUAUGAUCCUGUACCACUAACUGUAUUGGGCACUUUAUGCAGUGUGACACUGCAUGGCCACCAGUAUUAACAUUUCUGAACUUUUCCUUUGGCUUCACUCAAAGGCUUAGCUUGCUGAACUUUGAUCUAAACUCAUCCUCCUCCCCCCCUUGCCCCGCCAGACCGUAAUGACUGAUUCAGAACUUUGAUCUCAGUGGCUUGCUGUCAUUCCCUUUCAUUUCAGAUCCUCUAUGUGAAUGCA